AUGGGCUCCGUGGUGCUUAGCUAUUUUCCUUCCUGCGAUCUGGGUGCCACUCAGAAUAAUGAUAUGGAUCUGUCUGGUUUUCAUCCGGAAAAAUUCAAGAUAAUCAAUGGUGUCUACUCACCGCUUGCGUGCUACGGCGAAUUGAAAGUUUCCUACUGUAUUACCAGAAACAUUCCACGUUUGAACACGUGUAUUGUAAGCGCAUGGUUUCAAACCCGUUGCAGUUUGGACGGGAGAACUUUCAACGAAACCGUCGAGCUACCUUUUGCCUAUAAUUCGCUUCACGAUUACAAUGGUGUCUGUUUUGUCCUAUCUUCCACGUACACGGACGAAAAAGGGGUGCAUGAACAGCUUCUCGCAGGCGCGAAUAUGCCACUGUACAAUUCAAAGAAACUGUUCCGUAAUGGCAUCUACGAGCUGGAGCUGCAUCCACUUCAACCGCUUGGUGUUCGAAAAUUUCACGAUUUGGAGCUGGUUGUUCGCAACCCGGAAUUCGAUGCAAAACCGAAAGACAUGGAUCAAAUGAACAAAAUAUUGAAAAUUAAUCGAAAACAUAUGCGAAAUGAGCUGUUUGAAACACCGCUUGACCGAUACACGAUCCCGGAUGCUGCGAGAGCUGUCGAGGAAGCCAAACGAACUAGUGGUCGUUUGUUUCUCAGCGUCAAAUUUGAGUUUUCGCGUAAUGCACCAAAUCUGACGAUCCCCGUGAUCUUCGAGCGGAAAGUGCGUACCUUUAUCUCUCUCUCUCUCUCUCCCUUGGUGCUGGACGCAAAAUUGUCGUUGUACACAAUAAUAACCACAGCAACUCUGCAUAUUUGGAGUUUUUAUUUUAGCUGUGGUCUCCUUUUUGAAAUAUAUUACUGA